GUCACUCUCGCCCACCGCAAUUUAAGCGGCGGCCUCCGCCCGUUGGAUGUUAUCCCCGUUAUUCGUCGUCUAGCGGAGGAGCGGUGCCGGGAAUCCGCUAGGCUUUCUCUUCCAUCACGCCAACAAAUCUCUCCGAAUAAAAGGAAUCGAGAUCCCACCUCCAAGUCUAUCCAUCUGCAAAUCGUGGUCUGGUAGGUAGAGGAAAGAGGCUCAUGGAGGUCGCGGAGGAGAUGCCGAACGCCAUUAGCGGUGCGGAAGAGGUAGAGGAGGAAGUAGAAGAAGAGGUCGAGGAGGAGGUAGAAGAAGUGGUCGAGGAGGAGGAAGAAGAAGAGGGACGUGGUGGUGGAGAAGGAAAAAUAAAGGAAGGAGGAGGAGGGGAAGGAGAACAGGGAGGAGAGCCUCCGGGAAGGGGGAUAGAAAUGGUAGAUAGUGCUGGCGAGGAGAUACAGCCGGAUAGCACUUCCUAUUCGUCAGGAAAAAUCUUCGUUGGAGGAGUCGCGUGGGACACAACUGAGGAGACAUUCUCCAAGCAUUUUGAGAAGUAUGGGGUAAUUACAGACUCUGUGAUAAUGAAGGAUAGGCAUACCCAUAUGCCUCGAGGAUUUGGGUUUGUAACAUUUGCUGACCCAUCUGUUGUUGACAAGGUCUUGGAGGAUGAGCAUGUUAUUGAUGGGAGGAUGGUGGAAGUCAAAAGGACAGUCCCAAGAGAAGAUAUGCCUUCCAAAGCAGGGUUUAAGACAAAGAAGAUCUUUGUGGGUGGAAUACCUCCAUCUUUAACUGAAGAUGAGUUGAAGGAGCACUUUGCCUCUUAUGGUAACGUGGUUGAGCACCAGAUAAUGCUUGACCAUGCUACCGGGCGUUCACGGGGCUUUGGUUUUGUUACGUUUGAAAAUGAGGAAGCGGUUAAAAAAAUAAUUUCAGAAGGCAGAAUGCAUCAUCUUGGAGGGAAGCAGGUCGAAAUUAAGAGGGCUGAACCAAAGAAAGCUGGUGGCGAUCCAGGACACAAUGGGAGGGCUGGUCAUGGCACUGGUGGUGGCAUUCUACCUGGUUACUAUCGGGGUGGCACUUACGGAUAUGGAGGUGCUUAUCGAUCUGAUGGCGUCUUUUAUGGCGGAAAUUAUGGGUAUGGUUAUGGUGGGGUUCCUAGCUACGGUGCAGGCUUCGGCUCUAGUUAUGGCGGGCACGUGUAUGGACGUGGUGGAUACGGUGGCGGUACCGCGUAUGGUGGCCCUGCUGGGUACAAUGGGGUGUACGGAGGUUAUGGUGCUGGCCGGGGAUAUGGGGGCAGAUACCACCCCUAUGGAAAAUAACAUCUUAAUACAAUCAUGAUAACCAAAUUUUACUAUAAUCAAUUUACUGUGCAAUACCCACUUCACAUGCUUAAAUUAAUCGGUACUAUUUUUCAUCUCAUAUUCACUUUUUAUCGCUGUAGAAUGACGUUUCCAUAACAUAUUUGCAGCAUAUUCGGAAAAUGUAAUUCUUCAACA